ACACAAGCUUCCCUUCAAUCGGCAUCAGUUCACCAUUACCUAAGCUCGGUACAGCAACAUAAAACAAUUCACAAUUAUGUCUCGCUUCUUCCAAGUCCUGCUUGUGGCCUGUUUGGCUUUCGCACUUUGCGCCGCUGAAGCUCCACGUUAUCGUGGUCGCAAUGGACGUCUCCAACUCUCCGGACAUCGUAGCCGUUUCUUGGCACGUCAAGAAGCUGCUGAAGAAGCUGGUGUGACUCCAUAUCCCUCCAAAAAUGAACUGGUUCCAGAGAUUCCAUUCGAUGAAGCCGCCGCCGCCGAAGCACCUGAAGUUCCAGUCGAACCUGAGGAUCCAGCUGCACCAGAAGGUGACAUAAACGUCUCUGUUAAUGUUGACCUCCCAGCCGAACAGGAACCAGUCGAAGAAGAAGUUGAUGAAGCCGCUGUUGCUGUUGAUGCUGAGGGUGAACACGAACCAGACCUCAUUUAUGGCCCACCAGAAGCGGAGGAUGUACCUGCAGUGAAUGAAAUUACCCCCGAGGAAGAAAUCGAAGCUACCAUAGCUGAGGAAGAGGAAGAACAAGCAGCUGCUGAGGAAGCUAUCCAAUCUGAACGUUUGACUUUCGGUCGUCGCAUCAACGCACGCAAAUCUGCUCGUCCAGCUAAGUUGCGCGCCCCAGCUCGUGCUCGUGCCACCUCCGCUAAAUCGGCCAGAAUUGUUAAAGCCAAGGUUACUACCAAGGCACGCUCAGCUCGUCUUCAACAAUUGCCACAACAACAACAGUACUUUGUUCCUCAGCAGUUUGCCGCUCAACAACAGCAACAACCUAUCUUCUACUACACCGCCGGUCAAUUGCAACAGUGGUAAAGACACAGCUAUAGUCGACAAUAAUUUUCAGGGAGAAGGUGGAGGGAAUGUAGUUCGUAUUAUGGUCUGAUUACAAGUAUUUACUGGGUUAUAGAGAAUUGUUAACAAUUAAUAUUAAGAUGUGUGAAUGGAGAAGCAGUAAAGACGUAAGAAUUGUUAAAGAUUUUUUUAGACUAAAAAUAAAGAAAAAAUCAAUAAAACCGAAAAUGUGUGUUGUGUAAUUGAA